AUGCGAAGUAAAAACAAGUAUAUCGUCAAUACGAAUGUAGAUCUUCCCAAACUAACAUCCCUGAUCAAUUCUGAUGGAUAUUGUUUCUUUUAUCCUCGCUCGGUCACACUAGAAAACAUCGCUAAUCUCACAAACCUGAAUCUCACCAAUUCUUUUGAUAGAGUCCAGUCCAAAGUGAUUACUAACGUUUCUGCUGAAUUUGUCAAUCUUGUCACAAAUAAUCAAGUGAUUCCGAUAUUCGAUAUUGAAUUGCUUUUUCAAUUCACAUUUUUGUUCCAUAUUCAACAAAUAUAUAGCGUUCCAUUCUUUGGAGUCUAA